UCUCAUCUGGAUUGUUUGGGGUUUUUUUCAACACAUUUUAGGACUCUGCUAUGCAGUAUUGGCAGGACAAAGGAGCGCCCCCACAAAAGUUAAACAUGGGGUUAGCUGCGUAUGGACGAGCUUUUGAUCUUUCCUCUGCAUCCAGUGAUGUUGGAGCACCAGCCGACGGUCCUGGUGAGGAUGGCUGUUACACCGGUGAAAUGGGAUUCUGGGCCUUUUAUGAGACCUGCCUUUAUCUCGAAGGGGUUACAACCCACCUGAUUACUGAUCAGAGAGUUCCAUAUGCCACCACUGAAAAUCAGUGGGUUGGAUUUGAAAAUGAUGAUAGCCUUGACGCUAAGGUCAGUUACCUAAAAACAAACAACAUUGGAGGAGCAUUUGUAUGGUCUCUGGACCUGGAUGACUUCAGUGGACAGUUCUGUAAACGGGGCAACCACCCCUUCAUCAAGCACCUGCAUAGUCUCCUGGUUCAAGGUUUUCCUGGCCAUACUCCGACUCCCACAAGCAGCCCGAAUACAACUAUCAAAACAACUCCACCUACCAAAGAAAGUCUCCCUGGGACAACGACCCCUACAACAACUCCGAAUACCACAAUUCUCCCUGAAAUAACUUCACCUACAAGAACUCAACCUACAAUGACUCUCCCUACCGCAACAACUCCCUUUAAAACAACAAACCCACCCCCCACAAUAACUCCCUCUACAACAACAACUCCACCUACCACAACAACUCCUCCUACAUCAACUCCACAUACCACAGCAACUCUCCCUACAACAACUCCACCUACCACAAAAACUCCCGUUACAACAACCACAACUUCCCCUACAACAACUCACCUGACCACAACAACCCCUACGACUCCGCCUACCACAACAACCCCCCCUACAACAACCAAAACUGACCCUUCCAAAACAACUCAAACUACAACAACAAAUCCACCUACCACAACAACUCUGCCUACGACAAAUCCUUCUAAAACAACAACUCCACCUACCACAACUCCCCCAACAACUCCCUCUCCAACAACUCUCCCUACAACUACAUCACCACCUACCACAACAACUCUCCAUAGAACAAAUCCUCCUACCACAACAACUCCCUCUUCAUCAACAACCCCACCUACCACAACAACUCUCCCUGAAAUAACUUCACCUAUAACAAGUCCCACUACAAUAACAAAUCCCUCUACAACAGCUCCACCUACCACAAUAACUCUCCCUACAAACCCCCUCCCUACAGCUGCAACUACACCUACCACAACGACUCUACCUACAACAACCACUCCUCCUCCAACAACUGCACCUUCAACAACCAAUACACCUACCACAAUAACUCUCCCUAGCACAACAACUCCCCCUACCACAACAACUCUCUCUACAACUCCCUCAACAACAAUAAAUCUCCCUACAACUCCCCCUUCAACAAUCAAUCCACCCACCACAACAAGUCCCUCUUCGUUAACAACUCAUUCUACCACAACAACUGAAAUAACUUCACCUACAACAACUCCACCUACAACAAAUCCCCCUACAACAACUUUGCCUACAACAACUCCCUCUACAACAACUGCAUCUACCACAACUCCCCUUACAACGACUCAGCCUACCACAACAACUCUCCCUACAACAAAUUCCCCUACAACUACAACUCUCCCUAAAACUCUCCCUAACACAAUGACUCUCCCUACAACAACCAAUCCUCCUACAACAACCCCCCCUUCCAGAACUCCUCCUCCAACAACUCCCCCUUCAACCAAUCCACCUACCACAAAAACUCUCCCUACAACAAACACUCCCUCUAUAACAACAACUCUCUCUACAGGAACAACUCCCCUUACAACAACAGAUCUCCCUACAACAACUCUCCCUACUACAACUCCCCCUGCAUCACCAACUCUCCCUGAAAUAACUUCACCUACAAAAACUCCCUCUACAACAACAAAUCUCCCUACAACAACUUCCCCUACCACAACUCUUCCUCCAACAACUCCACCUACCACAACAACUCUCCCUGAAAUAACUUCACCUACGACAACUCCCGUUACGACAAGUCUGCCUACAACUUCCUCUACCACAAUGACUCUCCCUACAACAACCACUCCUCCUACAACAACCCCCCCUUCCAGAACUCCUCCUCCAACAACUCCCCCUUCAACCAAUCCACCUACCACAACAACUCUCCCUAUAACAAACACUCCUUCCAUAACAAAAACUCUCCCUACAACAACUCCCCCUACAACAACUCCACCUACCACAACACCUCUCCCUACAAUAACAAAUCUCCCUACAACUCCCUCUACAACAAUAACUCUACCUACAUCAACUCCCCUUACAACAACUCUCCCUACCACAACUCCCCCUUCAUCAACAACUCUCCCUGAAAUAACUUCACCUACAACAACUCCCCCUACAACAACUCCACCUACCACAACAACUCUCCCUACAACAACUCCCCCUACAACAACUCUCCAUGCAACAACUUCCCCUACACCUACAAAUCCUCCUACGACAACAACUCCCUCUUCAUCAACAAAUCCACUUACCACAACAACUCUCCCUGAAAUAACAUCACCUACAAUAAAUCCCCCAACAAUAACAACUCUCCCUACUUCAACUCCCCUUACAACUACAACUCCCUCUGCAACAACUGCAUCUACCACAACUCCCCCUACAACAAGUCCACCUACCACAAUUCCCCCAACGACACCUCCCUCUCCAACAACAAAUCUCCCUACAACAACUUCCCCUACCACAACUCUUCCUCCAAGAACUCCACCUACCACAACAACUCUCCCUGAAAUAAAUUCACCUACGACAACUCCCCCUAAAACAACUCCACCUACCACAACACCUCUCCCUACAACAACAAAUCUCCCUACAACAACUCCCUCUACAACAACAAGUCUCCCUACCACAACUUCCCCUACCACAACUCUUCCUCCAACUACUCCACCUACCACAACAAUUCUCCCUCAAAUAACUUCACCUACGACAACUCUGCCUACAACAACUCCCUCUACAACAAUAACUCUACCUACAUCAGCUGCCCCUACAACUACAACUCCCUCUACAACAACUAAUCUCCCUCCAACAACUCCCCCUUCAACAACCACUCCAACUUCAACAACCAAUCCACCCACCACAACAACUCCCCCUACAACAACAACUCUCCCUACAACAACUCUCCCUGAAAUAACUUCACCUACGACAACUCCCCCUACGACAACUCCCCUUUCAUCAACAACUCUCCCUGAAAUAACUUCACCUACAACAACUCCCCCUACAACAAGUCCACCUACCACAACACCUCUCCCUACAACAACUCCCCCUACAACAACGCUCCCUAAUACAACAACUCUCCAUACAACAACUUCCCCUACACCUACAAAUCCUCCUACGACAACAACUCCCUCUUCAUCAACAAAUCCACCUACCACAACAACUCUCCCUGAAAUAACAUCACCUACAACAAAUCCCCCAACAAUAACAACUCUCCCUACUUCAACUCCCCUUACAACUACAACUCCCUCUACAACAACUGCAUCUACCACAACUCCCCUUACAACGACUCAACCUACCACAACUCCCCCUACAACUCCCUCUACAACAACAAGUCUCCCUACCACAACUUCCCCUACCACAACUCUUCCUCCAACAACUCCACCUACCACAACAACUCUCCCUGAAAUAACUUCACCUACGACAACACCUUUCCCUACAACAAAUCCUCCUAUAACAACUCCCCCUUCAUCAACAACUCUCCCUGAAAUAACUUCACCUACAACAACUCCCCCUACAACUACAACUCCACCUAACACAACACCUCUCCCUACAACAAAUCCUCCUAUAACAACUCCCCCUUCAUCAACAACUCUCCCUGAAAUAACUUCAACUACAUCAACUCCCCCAACAACAACUCCACCUACCACAACACCUCUCCCUACAACAACUCCCUCUACAACAACAAGUCUCCCUACCACAACUUCCCCUACCACAACUCUUCCUCCAACUACUCCACCUACCACAACAAUUCUCCCUCAAAUAACUUCACCUACGACAACUCUGCCUACAACAACUCCCUCUACAACAAUAACUCUACCUACAUCAGCUGCCCCUACAACUACAACUCCCUCUACAACAACUAAUCUCCCUCCAACAACUCCCCCUUCAACAACCACUCCAACUUCAACAACCAAUCCACCCACCACAACAACUCCCCCUACAACAACAACUCUCCCUACAACAACUCCCCCUACAACAACUCUCCCUGAAAUAACUUCACCUACGACAACUCCCCCUACGACAACUACCCUUUCAUCAACAACUCUCCCUGAAAUAACUUCACCUACAACAACUCCCCCUACAACAAGUCCACCUACCACAACACCUCUCCCUACAACAACUCCCCCUACAACAACUCUCCCUAAUACAACAACUCUCCAUACAACAACUUCCCCUACACCUACAAAUCCUCCUACGACAACAACUCCCUCUUCAUCAACAAAUCCACCUACCACAACAACUCUCCCUGAAAUAACAUCACCUACAACAAAUCCCCCUACAAUAACAACUCUCCCUACUUCAACUCCCCUUACAACUACAACUCCCUCUACAACAACUGCAUCUACCACAACUCCCCUUACAACGACUCAACCUAUCACAACUCCCCCAACGACACCUCCCUCUCCAACAACAACUCCCCCUACAACAACUCCACCUACCACAACACCUCUCCCUACGACAACAAAUCUCCCUACAACAACUUCCCCUACCACAACUCUUCCUCCAACAACUCCACCUACCACAACAACUCUCCCUGAAAUAACUUCACCUAUGACAACUCCCCCUACAACAACUCCACCUACAACAACAACUCUCCCUACAACAACUCCCCCUACAACAAAUCUCCCUCCAACAACUCCCCCUUCAACAACCACUCCAACUUCAACAACCAAUCCACCCACCACAACAACUCCCCCUACAACAACAACUCCCCCUACAACAACUCUCCCUGAAAUAACUUCACCUACAACAACUCCCCCUACAACAACAAAUCUCCCUACAACAACUUCCCCUACCACAACUCUUCCUCCAACAACUCAACCUACCACAACAACUCUCCCUGAAAUAACUUCACCUACGACAACUCCCCCUACGACAACUCUGCCUACAACUGCCUCUACAACAAUAACUCUACCUACAUCAACUCCCCCUACAACAACUCUCCCUACCACAACUCCCCCUUCAUCAACAACUCUCCCUGAAAUAACUUCACCUACAACAACUCCCCCUACAACAAGUCCACCUACCACAACACCUCGCCCUACAACAACAAAUCUCCCUACAACUCCCUCUACAACAACAAAUCUCCCUACAACAACAAAUCUCCCUACAACAACUUCCCCUACCACAACUCUUACUCCAACAACUCCACCUACCACAACAACUCUCCCUGAAAUAACUUCACCUACGAUGACUCCCCCUACGACAACUCUGCCUACAACUCCCUCUACAACAAUAACUCUACCUACAUCAACUCCCCUUACAACAACUAUCCCUACCACAACUCUCCCUUCAUCAACAACCCUCCCUGAAAUAACUUCACCUACAACAACUCCCCCUACAACAAAUCCACCUGCCACAACAACUCUCCCACCAACAACAAAUCUCCCUACAACUCCCUCUACAACAACAAAUCUCCCUACAACAACAAAUCUCCCUACAACAACUUCCCCUACCACAACUCUUACUCCAACAACUCCACCUACCACAACAACUCUCCCUGAAAUAACUUCACCUACGAUGACUCCCCCUACGACAACUCUGCCUACAACUCCCUCUACAACAAUAACUCUACCUACAUCAACUCCCCUUACAACAACUAUCCCUACCACAACUCCCUUCAUCAACAACCCUCCCUGA